AUGGAUUACGAUGCUUAUGGUGUAAAAAUAGCUAUGAAUGAAGUUCUUCUUGUACAAGCUCAAAAUGCCAAAAAUCCACCGACAUUUUUUAUUCAAUUUGCACCUUACAAUACUACACAAAAUUUAUCACAAUGUUCGAUUAAUUAUACUGAUAUAUUAGACACUUAUGUUUAUUGUGUUGCUGUCGGCAAGAAACCGGAUCAAAACCAAACACAAUUUUUUUUUGCUGGCGAAUUGAUCAAUAGUCGUAAUGGAACAUUUAUUGGCGUAGCACAGUACAAUCAGACAAAUAUUGGUGCAAAUACGUCAAACUCUUGUGCUUUGAGUUUCUCUUAUUCUUUACAGUAUCUUAUCAAUUAUGAACAUCAAGAAUACUAUGUCAUUGGGAUUGAACCUCAAAAUCGUUUUGCCUAUGGAUUUUCAAAUCUAUUUGUCUUUGUAUUUGAUUCUGCAAAUGGUUCAACUUUGGAACAAUGGAAUGGCAACUUAACAUGGUCGAAUAGUUCUUUUCUGCCUCAUGCUGUUGAUAUUAGUAACAAUUUCGGCAUUAUUGCAGGUUUCAUUCAAAAUGAUCCACGAGGAAGGGUUAAAUAUAGUCCGAUCAUUUAUUUACUUAAUUUCAAUUCAUCAAAUCGUCAUCCAAUUGUUGUUGAUCAAUAUAUACCAAUAGCUACUCCUGGUACAUGGCAAGAUUUAUUGAGCUAUUCGGAUGCGAAUAUCUACUCAGCAAAGUAUGAUAUGUCAAUUAGUAUUAAUAGUCGUGGCGAUGUUUUAGUUGGUAUGCAAUUUAUCAAUCGAGUUUUCUUAUUUUCAGUAAAUAUUUCCGAUCCGACACAAUUGAUUUAUAUAAGUCGGAAUACCAAUGGUCGAUCGUUAGGUAAUGGGAAAAGUGUAGCCUGGCUGGAUAAUGGGAAUAUGGCCGCUAUACUCAUCAAUACCUAUUCACUCAAUUAUCAGUGGUCGUCAUCUCAAAUCUAUUUCCAUGACAUGCGAUCGAGUAUUUAUAAUUCGAACAGUACUCCUCUAUCAAUUUUCCCUAACUAUCAUCAAUUAUUACCGCAAAGUUUUAGUCCUAUAUUUUUGAAUAUCGUUUCAUCAUCAACAUCGUUAGCUUUAAUGGAUGAUAAUGGCAACUUGUUAAUAUUCAUCGCCACAUCAGCAGGUUUCUAUCCAUCAGUACCAGCGACAGGAUCAGUGCCACUCAUUACAUCACCACAACCUUGCCCACCAGGUAUGUACAAGGAUAAACUCGGUAUUAAUGAUUGUAUUCUCUGUCCGACUGGCACAAAAAAUCCGGGUGAUUCUACCAUUCAAUGUAUUUCAUGUGCACCAGACACAUUCUGUCCACUUGGCUCAGUGAGUGAAAUAUCUGAAUCUGCAUUGGAAACCAUCGCACAAUUAAUUGCCUACCCAAAAUCACCUGAAAGUACUAUAUUUGAUGAGGUUUUAAUUCAAAAUAUGUUUCAUAUAGGAUCGAAUCGUUGCCUUUUGGUAUCGCCCUUAUUUUGGACAUUAAUCGUAGCUAGCUUAGCUAUCCUAGUUAUCAUUGUUUUGAAGAUGCUGAAAUGUUUUGUCAAUCAUAAGACAUAUGCGCAAAUAAAAAAUAGAAUUCAUUGCAUAUUUAAGAAAACAGAUCUGAUUGGCGAAGGUGAACUAUGGGUCGGCGGUCUGGCGUCAUUUUCUAUGGUGGUUCUCGUUUGUUUUGCUUAUGCAUUUAGCAAUGCCUAUUAUAAACAAUAUCCCAUUGAAACAUCGGCCGAUUCAUAUUUCGCCUGCGACCCAUCGAUUCGUAAUGCUAAAUUCCAAACAAAUCUUCAAACAUUAGGUAUACCGCCGUCAGACACUGAGAAAAAAAUGUUUGAUUUGUUAAAUGAACAAAGCUUGUCGCUAAAUAUCGAGUUCAUCAAUACAUUAAUUAAUUGUGAUGUCAUAUCUAUUCAAGCUCAAUAUGGUACAAUCUGGUCAACGAUUCGUUGGUCCAAUUGUCAAAAUAAUAAUUCCAUCCUAUUCCUAUCCAUUCCCCUUCCCUUUCAACACAUAUCUGUACAAAUCACCUUAGCUCAAGUUCAAACAAUCGGUGGUCUACGCAUCGGUCUAAGUGGUGGUAAACAUGAAGAAGAAUUCUAUCAACUCAAAGAAUUAAAUUUUUACGGAUCUUUUUCGAAGAAUGGAUCUGUUCUAUCACAAACAUUACCUGUGUCCCUUGAGCUAACCAAAGUGAUCAAUGAAACCAUUCCGAUAGAAGGUGAAGAGUCUCAUUUUACUGGCAUCUAUAUUCCAACUUACACCGUUGAUUUAAACAGUUUAUUUCUUACACGAGACCAAUAUAUUCAUUCAACAUCACAAAUGAUUGUAUUUCUGUCUAGAAAUAUUUGGUCUAGUGUUCGUAUUGUACAAAUUGACUUUGAAACCAAUAUAUCAUUUCGUCUGUCGAACAAUGUUUCGCCACCACAAGAAAUAUAG